GAAACAUUCAGGUCUGUUCAGUGAAUAACAAAUUCCCCUUGGCUCAUGACAAACUUUAGCUGUACUUAUUAAACAAGGGAUAACAAUGCUAAGAGACGCGACAUGAUGAUUUCAACCUAAGUGGCUGAGGCUGUACAGUGUUUUGCUGAAUAGGGAUGGACAUCACAAUGGAAUCAGACUUGUCCUUGCGAUCUUCUUCCAGGGAAGAAUUCAAGGUGGAGAAUUAUGUACAACCACAUUACAAGGAGGCAUAUCGGUUAGCCAUCGACUGUCUUGUAAGUGGGGGAGAAGAUUCUUAUCAGAAUUUCAUCAAAAAGGAGGGCAUAUGGGGAUUCCUAUCAGAGGAAGAAAUCCACCACAUUACAGAGAGUGCUGUACAGCCACUCACCAGCAACCACUCUGAGGAAGUGGACUGUCCUCAGGAUGACACCUCCUCCACGGGUACAUACUGGCCUACUAACUCUGACACAGACCCUCCAAACCUGGACUUAGGCUGGCCAGAACCCUCGCACAGCAGACUCCAGACCAGCAUAGAACUGCUCUUCCAUCCACCACGGCAAAAUAGCCCCACCAUCAAGGAAGUGAUCCGGAAAAACAUGCAGGAUGCCAGGCAGGUCAUUGCAAUCGCAAUGGAUGUUUUCACUGAUGUGGACAUCUUUAAAGAGCUGGUUGACGCCUCCAUCAGGGGGGUUCCUGUUUACAUUCUACUCGACCAUGACUACUUCAAAAGUUUUCUCACCAUGGUAGAAAAACAAGACGUCCAAAUCCAGAAACUCAGGAACAUGAGGGUACGUACAGUGAAAGGCCAUGAAUAUUGUUGCAGAUCUGGGGCAAAGUUCCAUGGAAGAAUGGGCCAGAAAUUUAUCCUUGUUGACUGCCAAACAGUAUUUUUUGGAUCAUACAGCUUCAUGUGGUCAUAUGAAAAGAUCAACCUCAGCAUUAUGCAGGUUAUUACAGGCCAACUAGUGGAGACUUACGACGAGGAGUUCCGGACGUUGUACGCUCGAUCGACAAUCCCAACUCCAUUUCAGACUCCAGACAGGCAGUGUGACAUGAGACCAAAUGGCAAAAUGGAUGGAUACCUCAUUCAUUCCAACAACCCCUUUGAAAGAAAAGACCAUUUAAGGCAUACGCUCGAUGCAGUUUACCGACAAACUUGUGAAAGGCGAUCAGGGUUUUCACCAGUGAGAGAGCUUGAAGAAAGGCCGGUUGUAGCCUCACACAUUCGAUUACUUCAAGAAACAUCCGAUUAUUACAAAAGACACAGCUAUGCAGGUGAGCGUCAGGAGCCUGCAUGUAUUCCACAAUUGUCCAAGUAUGGCUCAAGUAAUUGGAACGUAGCAGCAGAUAGCUGCCGUUAUGGAGGUUUCUCCAAUAACAUGGACAACCAGUAUGAAAGUUACGUUGUCCACCCAAUGUACAGAGGUUCACACAUGCGGCAGUCUUACCAUGGCCAUGACAAACAAGUUCUCAACAUGAGGCAAAAGCUACCCAGCUUAGCAAGUACCUCCAAGUCUUUCCUUCGUACCUGGAGGAUAGAGUCUUACCUCAACAACAAUAACGACGCACCCUUUGGGGAGAACUAUGAUUAUCUGGACCAAUAUGAGAAGGAGAAUAAAAUGGCACCUCCUCAGCACUCUCGCCUUAGGUCAUCAAUGGUUUUCACAUCUACCAUUCCGGAGCAACCAGAGACAAACAGCUACUCCAAUAAUUCAGCAUCCUUCAACAAUGAUCAAGCAGGAUUUCAGCCAAAUGCCCAGAUCUAUUCCUCAACGCAGUGGAAUCAGCCUCAUACAGGGACCACACAGCAUGACGACUACAUGAUAAAGAGGCGCAGUAUACAGAUUUUAGAAAACUCAGGGACUAACACAAGCUUCAACUCCGGAAGAGAUGCUAUAUAUGCCAGUCUAAACAGAACUAAAAAUCAAUUUAUAAACAAUGAACCUGACAUCCAACAAGACAACUGGUACAAGAGGCACAGUGUGGCAGAUCCCAGGAGCAAUACAUAUAACAAUGACAAGACCGAACCCUCUAGUUAUAUGUAUGCCUCUUUGCCUAGAAGACCAAGAGACAAGGUUUCCACAAACGAGCUUCCCAGAAAUGGAGGGUACACUCCAAAUCUCAAAGAAUCUCAAAUCUCAAAGGACCAGAGAUCCGUCUCGCAUUUUGAUGUCAAAAAGGCAGAUGAGAGUACGACUACUUCAGGUAGCAUAUGGCAAGAACCUCCCUCAAGAACUGUGUCAGCAACACUUCUAGACACAGACGACAGUCUGCCUUCAAAACCCACUGGGGUAACAUCGCCACGCUUCUUAAAAAAGAGCACCAAGAAAAUAAGAUCUCUUUUAAACAUCCCACAGAAAGGCGACGGCUCUCCAAAAAGGAAGAAUGGCUCAAGUCUUAAAAGCAGCACCGAUACAAUUCUCUCAGAUGAUGACACAGUACGAGAUAAGAAAUGCCACGGUAGCACUACCAAUUCCAUCAAAUCCAUUAAUAGUUGUAGAUUUAGGAAAGCAGGUGAGAAUAAUUCUGCUGGCCUGGUGGGUGAGACAUCUGCGCCACGAUUUAGCACUGAUGAGCUUCAUCAAGGCCAAACCACAAGUGCUGCAGAGACUACCAAAACACAGGAACAAUUCCCGGUCAUUACUCAGAACGAGAGGUCAGACGCUACAUUAUCCACAUCAGAUCUGUUGCCAAAACAACAAGUAUCUGCAAACAGGCUGUACAGCAGAUUUGAGCCACUUUGCUCAUUUGAAACAAAGAGUCCCUCAGCAGGUCAGACUGCCUAUGUAUCGACAAACAGCCAUGCAACCCUGAAAACAAGGAAUUCUGUGUUUUUAAGAGGAGAGCCAAUGAGUGACCAUAACAGAUACACAAACCAACAGACACAUGGACAUGACAACAGAUUUGGUCGUUUCAUUCAAAGGGUUGGAAAUUUGAUAAACAAGAAUAAGUACUGAUUAUCUGCUGCAUAGUGAAUUAAUACCAUGUUAAAGCUGAAGUUUAUGAUUUCUGCGUCACCAAAUAGAAUUCCAAAAAUAAUGUUUGUUUUCAAACAGGUUUCUAGAAUACUUUAUUCAUCUUCCUUGGCAGACAAACAAAUAGCCCUGCCCCAAACUCACACCAUUGGUUGAGCCAGUGUCAUUGUGUAUGGACAGAGUAGCAUUUCCCAAAGGCAUCAUUAGCCAACUAUGGUCACAAGUUCCAUCUUUAGCAACAUACAGUAGUUCAAUGAUUUGGUGUUUCCCAAAACCAUAGCUCCAACAAACAUUUGCAAACAGCAUCGCAAAUUUGUGGGGUUUGAACUACACUUGUGGUUAGAAACACACCCCUUGUGUGACGUCAUUAUUGAUAGCUCUAUAUUGUCGAACCAACGUGGUCUAAACGUCAGAUGUGGGACAUAGUUACUGUUGUUUCAGGAAACAGUCAUGACUAGCAAGUUAAUUUUUCUAAUGGUGCAUCCUACCAUGGUGGUUCAGCAGUGUUAUGUUGUUGUUCGAUAAACACCCUUGGUCAGGAUUCUCAAACAAACAGAACAAUGUUUCAAAAAUGAAGAGGAAAUCAGCCUACAAAUUGCUAACUUAUAGUUGUCUUUGCAUAUUAUACUAUGCUAGGAGGAAUUAUUUUAAUAUCUAAACAAUUACACACUUCAGCUUUAUAAAUGUAGAAUGAUGUAUUUUAAUUGAAUGCAUUAUAGCUAAUGCUAGUGUUGAAGGUUUGCAUUAGUGGUGAAACUGGUGAAAAUGCUGCAAGCACUAUUGUAUUGUUAUUUAAUUGUCUGACUCAAAAUUCUUUACUAAUAAUAUUUGUGAAUUCAUUUAAAAGUGUGAGGAUGUCUUGCGAGGGGCUAUGGGCAGAUGUAAUAAUAUGUUCAUAAUUUUUCUUGAGUAAUUGCUAUUUUGAAAGUUAACUGAGGGCGAACCACUAAUUUAUAUCUGAUUAGCUCUAGUCAACCAUUCAUACAACCCUCAAUUGCACUUUAGCCUGGACAACAGUUUGCUCAGAAUAACCCAGAGUGUCAGGUUGUCAGUGUGAAGUUUACAUUGAAACGCCGGAACAAAUGCAAGAUAAAUAAAUGUUGGUUGGUGGGUAACUGGUGCUUUGCUAAUCUUUAAGAGUGAUGAAUACUGGCAUACACUGAACUGGCUUUUGCGCUAUAUUUAGGUCACAAUUUAGUUUGUCAUCAGAUUAUGCUAUGAUCCAAACCAGAAGAGGUACAUAUUACAAAAUAUUUUAAUUGUUGGGAAUAUACACUCACCGACCACUUUAUUAGGUACACCUGACCACCUACUUAUUCAUGCGAUUAUCUUAUCAGCCAAUUAUGUGGCAGCAAUGCAUAAAUUCAUGCAAAUAAGGGCCAGAAGCUUCAGUUAAUGUUCACAUCAACCAUCAGAAUGGGAAAACUAUUUGAUCUCAGUGAUUUCAACUGUGGCAUAAUUGUUGGUGCCAGAGAGGCUGGUUUGAGAAUGACCAUGUCGGGUUCCACUUCUGACAGCCAAGAACAGGAAGCUGAGGCUGCAAUGGGCCUACCAUCUGUGUACCUCAGCAGAAAUCGAGAUUCAUCAGACCAGGCUAUGUUUUUCCAGUCUUUAACUCUCCAGUUUUUGUAAGCCUGUGCCCACUGCAGCCUCAGCUUUCUGUUCUUGGCUGACAGAAGUGGAACCCAACGUGGUCUUCUGCUGUUGUAGCCCAUUCUAUUCUGCUCACUACAAUUGUACAGACCUUACCUUAGCAUUUCUGUCAGCUCGAACCAGUCUGACCAUUCUCCAUUGGCCUCUCUCAUCAACAAGGUGUUUCUGUGCCACACGAUUGGCUGAUUAGAUAAUCGUAUGAAUAUGUAAGUGUACAGUUGUUACUAAUAAAGUGGUCUGUGAGUGUAUAUGCCAUAUAUAUUCCCAGCAAUAUAUUAGAACUAAUAUACAGUGGUGUGUAUAUAUAUAUAUG